AUGGCUUGUGAGAAACAUAAAGAAUUGGCUCAAUAUAUAAAAGAGGUGCAUGCUAACUUGAGAAAAAGUGCAGUCAAAGUCGGGCCAAACAAUGCUUGGAUGUUGCAUACUAAAAACAAAGAGGUAUUAUUGACGUAUGCUAAAUAUAUGCAGGAGCUUGCUACAACAUAUUGGGAAGAAAACUCUGCAAAUGAAGCUAGUUUAGCAUCCUCACGAAUUGAAUGGUCAGUCAAGCUCUGCACUUAUUAUUUUGUGAACAAAGAAUAUAUUAAAUAUCGCGAGCGAGACAUAGCAAUCAGCAAAAAACUUGACCUAACAUUAAACUUCGUUGAUUUAUUUCAAGAUCCUCUAGUGCUCUUGGAUGUUGGAAGCUGUUAUAACCCAUUAAGGGCUUAUAAGUUAUUUCAUGUCUUAGCUGUAGACUUAUGUCCUGCAAAUGACUAUGUUCAAAAAUGUGAUAUUUUGCAAGUUAAUAUAGGAAAUGAAACAAUUGUACAUGAUAAUACUGUUAUGCAAUUAAAAAAGGAGUCCUUUCAUAUAAUAACAUUUUGCUUUCUUUUGGAAUACAUUCCUAGUUCAGAGUUACGAAUAAAGGCUUGUGAAAAUGCCUAUAAAUUACUUAAACCAGAAGGAAUCCUCAUAAUAAAUACACCAGAUUCUAAGCAUGUAGGUGCUAAUAGUAAAUUAAUGAAAUGUUGGCAAUACACAUUAGCAUGUCUAGGUUUUACUAGAAUUAAAUAUGAAAAAUUAACACACAUGCAUUGUAUGGGAUUUAGAAAAGCACUACACAAAGAUGUAGCUUUCAGAUGGGCUACUAUACAUAGGAAAGCAGAUACAGAGUUUGCAAUGAAAAUACCUCAAGAUUAUAUAAAAAGAGAACAAAAGUCAUGGCAGUCAGCAGAUUUAAAAUUAUGUUCAGAAGAUUUUAAAGAUUUACCUUUUUAUGAUUUAUGA